AUGUCCCGUCCUGGAUUUCAGCCGCUUGCAGGACGGGACUCUCUCGAACUCGCAUCUCUUGCCGAUUCUGAGCACGACGAUCUCCCUACGUCCGAGUCUUCUUCACGAUCUGGCAUCUCAUCAUCAAGAAGACUCUCGUUGGAACAUGAGGACCCUUUGGACGACGCCCAUGCAGCCGCACGAGGACGUCUCCGCGAUCGUUCCUAUUCAGUAUCCUCCGUAUUCGACUUUACGCCCGCGCUCUUCCCACUCUCUUCGACGUCCGGUGGCGGAUAUACUGCCCUGGGAAACCCUUCAGCUGUCUCAUUAUCGCUCGAGCGACGAGGAAAUCUGCAAAACCUAGAGAAGAACAAGACUUUGACGUACUUGAACGGUCUGUCCUUGGUGGUCGGUUUAAUUAUAGGCUCAGGCAUAUUCUCUUCCCCUGCACAAGUGAAUUCCCAUACAGGGUCUCCCGGUGCAUCGCUUAUAGUGUGGACGAUCUCCGGUCUUCUCGCAUGGACCGGUGCCGCAUCCUAUGCAGAACUGGGCGGAGCCAUCCCCUUCAACGGCGGUGCACAAAUUUACCUGGCGAAAAUCUUUGGAGAAGUGGCAGGUUUCCUCUUCACAUGGACGGCUAUCCUGGUCCUGAAACCUGGAAGUGCAGCAAUCAUCGCAAUCAUUUUCGGGGAGUACGUUGUACGUGCUGCCAUAGGGGCAGAAGUCGAAGAUGUGAACCCCUGGAUCAACAAAAUUCCAGCCAUUGUGGCUCUGGUCCUCGUCACAUUGUUUAACUGCAUCUCGACCCGUUUCGCCGCACGGUUGGGUGAUCUUUUUAUGUUCUUCAAAUUCAUUGCAUUGAUAGCCGUCACCAUCAUCGGCAUCGUUGUCGCGACCACUGGACUUUCGUUCAACGGCUCGGCCAACACAGAUUGGCGAACCCACCAGUGGUUCGAGGGCACGUCCCAUGAUAUCUCCAACUGGGCAGUUGCGCUCUAUGCAGGUCUAUGGGCGUUCGACGGCUGGGACAACACAAACUAUGUAACGGGCGAGUUCAAAAAUCCCAGCCGCGACCUACCGCGGGUUCUCCACACAGCGAUGCCUGCGGUCAUCGCCUGCUACCUCCUCGCCAACAUAUCCUACAUCUUUGUCCUUCCCCUCGAAACCAUCAACAAAUCCAACACCGUUGCCGUCCAAUUCGGAAGCAAAGUCUUCGGCCCGAUCGGCGGCCUCAUCCUCGCACUCAUCGUCUCCGCAUCUUGCUUCGGCGCCCUCAACGCCACAACAUUCACCUCCGGGCGCCUUGUCUACGUCGCCGGCCGCGAAGGCUACAUCCCCGCGCUCUUCGGGCGCAUCGGCUUCGGAGCCUCCUCAAACGGCCCUGACAUCCCACCGACACCACUCAACAAACUCCGCCAGCGAUCCUGGCUCUCCAAAGCCACCUCCCGCCUCUUCGGCGACGAGUCCAUCGGCGUAGGCUACACGCCCGUGAACGCAAUGCUUCUCAACGCCGCGCUGACCAUGAUCUACGUUUGCGUCGGCGAGUUCGAGACGCUGAUCACGUUCUACGGCGUCGCGGGCUACACCUUCUAUUUCUUGACCGUCCUGGGCCUGAUCGUCCUGCGCAUCCGCGAGCCGCACCUUGAGCGCCCCUACCGCACCUGGAUCUCCACGCCCAUCGUCUUCUGCUGCGUCAGCCUGUUCCUCGUGAGUCGCGCUGUCAUAGCUCAGCCCCUGCAGACCGUUAUCGUCGUUGCGUUUGUCGUGAGUGGCGUCCCCGUUUAUUACUGGCGUGUCGCGAGGAGGGAUACCAGCGGCGCGAAAAAGGCUGGCAGUAGUAAUAAUAGGUUUUGGAGGCGCUGGGGUAGGGGGUAA